AUGAUUGAUGCUGCUAGUGGAGGUUCCAUUUCAGAAAUGGAACCUGAAGAAGGUAAAACCUUAAUCUCAAAAAUGACCGCCAAUUCUAGACAAUAUGGCCAAGAAGAGGACAUUCCAAGAAAUGCCAAUGAAGUAAGUAUUGCAUCUUUAGAUUAUAAAAUCUCACAACUAACAGCUGCAAUUCAACAAUUGGCUGCAGGGAACAAUGCACGAACUUGUGAAGGAGAGCAACAGGUAAAUGCCAUUGGAGGGUUUAAGGGACAGCAAAGGAAGUAUGACCCAUUUUCAAGCACUUACAAUUCGGGGUGGAGAAGGUCAUUUUCAAGCACUUACAAUCCGGGGUGGAGAGAUCAUCCAAACCUUAGCUAUAGGAAUAGACAACAGAAUUACGAACCAAGAACCAACUAUCAAGUUGCAAAAUCAGGUAUGUCUCUAGAAGACAUUGUUCAAUCCCUUGCUAAUAGCACUCUUGCUUUUCAACAGGAAACAAAGUCAAGCAUCCAGAAUUUGGAGAAUCAAAUGAGCCAACUUGCUACAUCAGUGAGUAAGUUGGAAUCUCAAGGGAAACUAUCCUCCCAAACCAUACCAAACCCAAAACAGAAUGUAAGUGCAAUUACACUGCGAAGUGGGAAGCAGUUAGAAUCUGCCAGCCCAAAGAGGUUUGCCCAACGCAGUGCGACAGACCUGAAGGAAGAAGCAGAAAUAGAAAUUCUAGUAGAGAAUGAGCCUAAAAAAUCAGAGGUAGAACAACCCCCAAUGCAGGUAAUAUGUCCUCCUUUUCCUGAAAGAUUUGCUCAAUCAAAAAGAGAAAAGGAAGAGAAAGAGAUCUUUGAGAUUUAUUGCAAAAUCCAGGUAAACAUACCUGAUGCGGAAUGUCCUUUAAAACAAACAGGAGUCACACUCCAACUCGCCGAUAGAUCAAUAGUUUAUCCUAAAGGCUUGUUGGAGGAUGUUUUCGUGCAAGUGGGGAAAUUAAUUUUUCCAGCUGACUUCUUUGUCUUAGAUAUGGAAUAUGACAAUUCAUUCAACUCUACAGAUUUAUUGCUAGGAAGACCAUUCCUCAGCACAACUAAAACGAAGAUCGACGUGCAUGAAGGCACACUUUUAAUGGACAUAGAUGUAGUUGAUCCUCUCGCUCAAAAAGCAUUUGAACUAAGCAAGAGAGAUAAGUUGGGGGUAGUUUUAACUGAAAACUUGAUAAUGGACUACCCUAACAAUAGCACAUUGAAACUCGAUGAGGAAAUCAUAGAAACAAUCCGCUCAUUAGACACUUUGAGCCACAAGGCACCAGAACUUUAG